AUGAAGGCUUCCUCUUUAAGGGACUGCAACAAAAUAAAGUAUGAUCAUGGGAACACUCUGAGAGUGAGGCUAAAGAAAGAUCUCAAGAAAAUUAAAACUCUGAAGGAAUUAUCAUUCAGCAGUGAUUGAGAGAACACUAGAAUUGGAGACUAUGACUUACUUGAAAAGAUCGGAUCAGGAUCCUCAGGGGAUGUUUAUAAAGCGAGAAAAACCGUCAAAAUUUCUAAUUAUAAUCCUUGUAGCUCACAGACUACACUCAAAGAGGAGUCAAUUGAGUUGCUAGAGAAUAUCUCUCCUACUGGAAUCAACAAGAUAUAUGCCUUGAAAAUAGUUUCUUUGACUAAGAGCUCCUCUUCUGGCAGGAAUCAGAACAAGCUUAAUGAAGUUAAUUAUAUGAAAAACCUUUCUCAUCCAAAUAUCAUCAAAUUUUAUGAAGCUUUCAAAGUAGGAACAAAGCUCUGUAUUGUUCUGGAAUAUGCAGAUGGAGAGGAUCUACAAUCUAUAUUUAAGCAUCAGAAAGAGAAAUCUAGACACUUUUCAGAAAAUUAUAUUUGGAGCCUAGCUUACCAAAUUUGUUCAGGGCUGUUAUACCUGAUGUCAAAGAAUAUUAUCCACAGAGACAUCAAGAGUCUCAAUAUUUAUACUUUCUCGAACGGCACUGUAAAAAUAGGAGAUUUUUCAGAAGCAAUAUUUUAUAAUGAGAAGCUCUUUGCUAAUAAAAAAAAUAUUCAAGCAGUAGGCACUCCUUUCAUUGUUUCUCCAGAGAUGCUAAAAAGACAAGUAUAUGGGUUUAAAACAGACCUUUGGUCGCUAGGAGUUUUGCUGUAUCAGUUUGCAUCGUUAAAACUUCCAUUUGAACCUCCGGAGAUUAAAUAUGAUAUUGAGGCCUUAAACCAGAGAAUUCUGCAUAAAGAGCCUAAAUAAGAUACCAGCAAUGUAUUCAAAUAACCUAAAUAAUUUCAUAAUGCAAUGACUUAUCAAGAGGAAAGAAAAGCGCCCAACAAUUAUAAAAAUGUUUGAAUAUUUUUCAUCUGAUUUAAAGUCAAAGUACCAUUACACUGCCGAGAUCAACAGCAGAUUGAUAAGUUUCUACGAAAAGAAGAAGAAAAUAGCUGAGGAUAUUAAAGACCAAAAGCCUAUCUCAUUAAAGUUCACUCAUCAUAAGAGGUAUAAUAAUAUGCAUAAGAGGAUCAGGAAUAGUAGAUACCAAUCUAAUGUUUCCUAUGCGAAAUUCUUGCAAAUAUUUAAUGGAGAUCAAUCUAUAUAUGGCUAUAACUUUAUUCAUCCAACUGGCAAUGAUAAAUUUGAAGGUGGUUCAGUCAUCUCUAACUCAGAUGAAAAUAAAAAUCCUUGGUACAAAUGAAAAAGCUUUGAUAACAACAUUAACUGUGUAUACUCAAAUGGAGGACUCAGUAACUGAGUAUCUCCAAUUCCAAGACCUGAAAAAGAUGGCUCAAUUUCUUACUAUAACUCUAAAAGCUUAUGAGGAAGGAGGUAUCUGUCUCAGAACCCCAAUAUCUCAAAGAAAAUUACUAUUAAUUCCAUCAACAAACAAAUAGAAAACUGUAAUGAGCUUAAAACCAAGAUUCAAAAAUACGUUCAGUCACCAAGUACAACACUUGAAGAGGAUUCUUUCUCUAAGAAGUUCUCAGAGAGCACGAGUAUUUCAAAUCUACCGACUCAAAAUGGACCAAAGCCUUUCCAGAAGAGGCAGAAUUCAAAGAAAAAGUUUUCGAUAGACUAUAAUAAUUAUAUGAACAACACUCUAAAUUCUGAUACUAAUAAACAUGUGGUGUCGACACUCACGCCUUACCAGAAAGCUCCAAAGAAUUCAGUGAGAUAUUCAACCAAUAUUUCUAUCAAUUUCAACACUAAUAAUGUGCAUAAUAGCAAUUGAUACGGCCGGAUCCGCACAUGUGAAAGGAAGAAUAGAGACUCUAAGUCAUUCAGUGAAAUCGAUUUCGAUAAUAAUAAGAAAGUUAUAAGUCCGAGAGCAAGGGAAAAACCUGAAAGGAAAUGUAAAGGAUCUAAGAAGCUGCCUAUUCUAGCUCUAAAACCACCAUUUACUAAUCCUCGCGAGAAUAUACUGGUGCAUGCAGCAAAUGCUCCAAAGUUGACAAAGCUGUCGAUAAAAUUACUGAAGCACUAGCUAA